GCAGAACAAAGCCAUGUCAAAACGCGUAGCAGACGGCCAAGGUGGCUCUGAACGCUACGGCGGCAUGGACAUGGAGGACCCCCGUGAUUCAGCAAUGGACCCACCGCGCAAGGCGACAGCUGCGCAGCUAGCGAAGCGCAACAUCAAACCCCUCAAGGGACGCCCCGGAUCAUCUAGAUCUGCAUCACCAUCCAAGGGCAUGCCUAAUCCAUUUGGCGGCGCCGACAGCAAUCCAUUCGGACAAAGCGCUCCAGCUCCACCAGCAGCUGCCAGCUUCAACUUCGGCCAGACACAAGCACAGAGCAACCCCUUCGGCUCCAUGUCGACCUCACAGAGCUUCCCACCAAACGCCCCUGCAAACGCCAAUACCUCCUUCUCUUUCGGCCAGUCACAGCCUGCUGCCUUUGCCCCGCCUCAAUCAUCCAGCUUCAACUUUGGCGCAUCAACACCUUCUGGCACAUCUUUCAGCUUCGGCGCAUCGCCUGCCAAACCGUCACAACCGAACGGUGACGCCAACAAGGCUCCAUCCUUCACAUUCGGCUCGACACCUGCCUCUCCAGGCCCGUCGGCUCCUGCGUCACCCGCACCCGCAUUCAACCCCUUCUCCAGCAUGUCAGGACCCUCGUUUGGCAGCACUGAACAGCCUAUCAGUGCAGCUGAGAUCCAAGAGAUCGAAGCAGCCGGCCCUCGCUUGGGCGUAGAGGGCAAGCUUGACCAGCUCGCUAACAUCGUGCGUCAUAGCGAGCCCAAGUACAAGGAUGCUAACCUCGCCGGCCUCAACCUAUCAACACUCCCACCUGCAGUGCAAAGGAAAAUGCUCGACUUUGUGCGCAACAAGCCCGAUACAGUGAGUUUGACAUCGAUCACUUCUUUCGAUCUGUCUCGUUACACAGAGUCCAUUGGGCCUGCUGAUUCUCAUGACACUCCUUUGUUUGCCUCACACAUGCCCCAAACCUACACCCAUCUUCCUGAUUUCAGUGAGGAGCACUUCAUGACCAACGGCUUGAUCGAUGAGGUAAAGCUUGCCGAGGCAGCAGCAGACGUGAACAUGCCUAGCGCGUGGCAGACGGGCAUCGCCGCUUUGCAGUCUCGCCUGGACAGGGAGAAGACUGGCAUGGACCAGAUUCACUCAUACCGCUACUUUGCCUCAUCGCACCAGUCGCAAGCUGGCCAACAAGAACUCAGCUUCACACCACCCGUAGCAGAAUCCUUCAACCCCAAUGCCUUUGCAUACGCCCAACCAUAUCAACCACUCAACAGUGUUGAAGAUGGUCAAGCNCCCUUCGUAAAGCACCACGACGUCGAGCAAGACACUCAACAUGACAUGCUCGAUGUAUCCCUUGAUCACGAUUCGAACAUGCAACACCAACAAACCUCUACCCAGCCUUUUGCUAACAUGACACCCUACCAGACACAANNCCCGAAGCUCCCAAAUCUUCCUUCUCGUUCUCGUCCACCGCACCCGCGCCCGCUGCCUCGACGUCGUUUAACUUCGAGUUUCGGCGCCACUCCCGCUCCAGCAUCCUCUGCACCUACCUCUGGCUUCAAAUUUGGCAGCACUGCUGAGCCCGCCAAGAAGGACGACACUACGCCCACUGCAUCAGCCUUCGGUGGGUUCGGACGACACACCCGCAAAAGCUCCAUCAUCAGCCUUCAACUUGGAGGCCCUGCCGCUUCGCCCGCGCCCCCAGCUUCGACCUCGUUCAACUUCGGCGCUUCCACACCUGCACCAGCCUCCCCAGCUCCUGCCUUCAACUUUGGCGCAGCUGCUGAGAAGAAGGAUGAAGCAGCACCUAAGCCGGCAACCGCCUUCAAUUUUGGCGCUUCCACAAUACCUGCUGCUCCUCCAUCUCCCAAGCCGGCUGAGAAGAAGCUCCCCUCCCCAUCUUUCAGCUUUGGUGCACCUGCUGCUCCUAAGCCUGCUGAGGAAGUGUCUUACCCCAGCCUGACCGGUGCUUCUUCGCAAGAGUCGUCGGCAACACCUAAAUCUUCCUUCAGCUUUGGUCAGUCCGUCACUCCUGCUGCUUCGUCACCAUUCAAGCCUGCUGCUACACCUGCUGCUGUGGAAUCACCUAAACCUCAGACCACUGGCCUCGGCAAUUCCAUGUUCAACAGCGCACCUGCUCAGCAGAAGCCCACAGAAUCUGCCUUCAAGGGUUUUGGCGCUUCUUCCUCGGCUCCUCCUCAGUCCAGCGCAGCAACGCCUUCCAUGAACUUCGGGGUUCUGUCAGCGCACAAGCUCCGGCUCCUCCAGGACACUCUAAGCCUCGUGCAAGCACUGCUUUGUCAGCACCUAAUGCUUCCNGGUGUCGCUACACCCCCGGCUUCUCCUCAACUUCCACCUACCGAGAUGGAGUCUGCUUUGCUCAAGCAGUUGAACGAGUCUCUGCGUACUCAUCUCGCAUCAGCUGAUGCUUCGCGGGAUUGGAGCGCCGUCAUGCAACUGUACCUCGAACAAGCCGCUGAGAUUCGUUCCGAGAACAGUGGUGCGCCUUCCACAGCAUCCAUCACCAGUGCAACCGAGCCCAAGUUGCUAACUGCUCCAUUGUCUGCUUCAAACCCCCGUGGUGAGAAGCGUGUGGCCGAUGAGGAAGUCACAAAGGAAGACGACCACAGUAAGCGUGCCAAGCAGUCUACCCCCAGCAAGCCUACAUUCACUCAGUCCGUUAAUGCCGGAUCGCCUGGCGGCAGACCUCUAUCCCAAACUGCUUCUUUGUUCAACGACAUCUUAGAUUCACCAGAGAAGCCUGAAACACCCAAGUCCACAAAUAUCUUCGCAGCUUCCGCAGACAAGACCCCUGCUCCUCCCGCUACUGCUCCUCAAGUCAAGUCCAACCCCUUCGGCGCUAUUGCUCGCAACGUCUCUGCUACUCCUGCACCCAGCACCCAGAAGACAAGCUUUGUCCCUCCUGCUGCAGCUCAAGCAUUGCCAUCGUCCAACAACUCGACGUUCCAGAUUCCCAAGUUUGGUGGCGCCUCCACUACUUCAGCUGCACCUACAUCUGGCUUCCAGCUUCCCAAGUUCGGCGGUGGUUCUUCUGCUACUACCCCUAGCUUCCUUGGCUCAUUCGGACAAAAGGCUGCUGAGCAAGAAGCCAAGGAACGUGAAAAGCGCAAGGAAGAAGACAUGGACUCUGAUGAGGAUGAGGAAGAAUGGGAGAGAAAGGAUGCCGAGAAGCAGGCACAGAAGAAGGCUGAGCUCUUGGCUGCCAGCCAAGCUACCAAGUUCAGCUUCGACACUUCGAAGAAGCCUACCAGCUCUGCAUCAGCUGUCUUUUCAUUCAGCGGCACACCCUCAUCUUCCAAUAUCUUUGGCAAUCUCUCUGGCAGCAAGCCCGAUGACGAUGAGGACGAUGACGGCGAUACUGAGGAAGACGAGGAUGUUCAUGCCGCUUUGACCAACGCAACUCCUGCUAAGCCCGCAGCCGGCAAGAGUCUCUUUGAACGUGUCUCUUUCGAUGCUGACAAGGAGAAGACUUCCGAUGCACCUAGCGCUUCCUUCAAGUUCAGCUCCUUCGGUAGUUCAGGCGCUGCCGACAACACCUGGAAGGGCAGCGAUCCUAUCAAGUUCGGUGCUAGCACAGCUACUGCUGGUACCACUACUCCUGAUGGAUCUCCUGCCAAGGCUCCUGCUCCCAAGUUCAACUUCGGUGGUGCUUCACAACCAGCUGAGAAGUCGUCUCCCUUCAGUGGAAUGACCAGUGCUAAGCCAUCAUCGACUGGUAGCAUCUUCGAUACUGCAAAGCCUUCAGCACCUACCACCGGCUUCUCAUUCGGUGGUGCCACUCCUUCCAGUCUCGCACCUCCCUCUGGAACGUCCGUGUUUGCCUCAGCUGCUACUUCUCGCGCCACUACUCCUGGUGCCACUACUACCGAUGCUGAAGGCAGUGCCGCCGAGUCAGAACCCAGCGACACGCCCAACGAUGUGCAAAAGGACUUGACCUCUCUCACUGCCGACGACAUUGCCAAGUACGAUCUCAUCCACGAAGCACGCUGUAAAGUGACGAAACUCGUCAAGAGCGAAGACGACAAGACUAGUUCCUGGGUCAGUCAAGGCGUUGGCCCCAUCCGUAUCCUCGCCUCCAAGGAGAACUCCAAACCUCGUAUCCUCAUGCGCGCCGACCCAUCCGGCAAGGUUGGCUUGAACUUCAAUGCCCUGCUCAACCCUGCCUUGUACAUGAUCAAGGGUCCCAAGAUGGUUCAGUUGAGUGUUCCCACCGAGGGCAAGAAGGUCGAGUCCUUCAUGUGCAUGUUCAAGGAUGGGGACAAGGCAAAGGAGUUCUUGGAGAAGCUCCACGGCGCCAUUGCCAAAGCUCAAGGU